GUCUGUCGCCAGGUGGCAGUCCCUGCGCACUCAGCGCGGGAAUCGCGAGUAUGUGCAGCUGGAGCUCAGGCUCAGUCUUCUGUGUGGCCAGUUUAGGGUUGGCAGCUUGAGUAACGUAACAGGAGCAUCGCCAGCAAGCCGGGGGAGGACGGUCAGAACACAGGCAGGACAUCGGAGCCACCCAAAGCAGCUGCUGCUCUCUUUAGAUUUUUCCUGGAGCCCAAAGUGAGCAUGGCCUGGGUCGCCGGAGUCUUCCUGGAUGUGUGGCUGCUACUGCUGCUGCUGCUGUUGUCUGCUCAGACCCAGCCCCUAGUAGCAGCAGGAGAUCCACACAACUGUGCUGCUCCACUGGCCUCUUCUUUGCCUCAACUGUCCUUCAGCAGCUCCUCCCAGCUGUCCAACAGUCAUGGCCCUGGCUUUGCAAGACUGAAUCGAAGAGAUGGAGCUGGUGGAUGGACACCCCUUGUAUCAAAUACGUACCAGUGGCUGCAGAUUGACCUUGGAGAGCGAAUGGAGAUCACGGCUGUGGCCACCCAGGGGGGAUACGGGAGUUCUGACUGGGUGACCAGCUACCUCCUGAUGUUCAGUGAUGGUGGGAGGAACUGGAAGCAGUACCAGCAAGAAGAAAGCAUCUGGGGAUUUCCAGGAAACACAAAUGCAGACAGUGUGGUGCAAUACAGACUCCAGCCUCCCUUCCAUACCAGGUUCCUGCGCUUCCUCCCCUUAGCCUGGAAUCCCAAGGGCAGGAUUGGGAUGCGGAUAGAAAUAUAUGGGUGUUCUUAUAAAUCUGAGGUGGUUUAUUUUGAUGGACAAAGUUCUCUGCUCUACAAAUUUGAUAAAGGAGCCAUAAGACCGAUAAGAGAUGUUAUUUCCUUUAAAUUUAAAGCCAUGCAGAGCAGUGGAAUUAUAUUCCAUGGUGAAGGACAACAUGGGAGUCAAAUGAUUUUGGAAUUAGUCAAUGGAAAGCUUGUCUUUUAUCUUAGUUCAGGUGAUGGAAACCUGCUCCAUGUUAAUGCUAAGAUGAACUUCACCAUAGGCAGCCUUCUGGAUGACUGGCACUGGCACUCUGUGCUAAUUGACCUCUUCAAUGUACAUGUGAACUUCACCUUAGACAAACACAUCCAUCAUGUCCUUAUGCACAAGGAAUCCAGUUACUUGGAUCUUAAUUUUGAGAUCAGCUUUGGAGCAAUUCUGAUACCUGGAGGACAUUCUUUGACAUUCCCACAUAAAAAUUUUCAUGGAUGUUUAGAAAAUAUUUAUUAUAAUGGAGUGAAUAUUAUUAAAUUAGCCAAGAAACAUGAACCACAAACCCUAAUUAAGGGAAAUGUGUCUUUCAUGUGCCCACAACCACAGACAGUUCCAGUAACUUUUCUGAGUUCUAAGAGCUAUCUGGCUUUGCCAGUCAGUUUAAAGGAAGAUAAAAUGUCCCUCGCUUUUCAGUUUCGGACUUGGAACAAGGCAGGAUGUGUGCUUUUUAGCGAACUGGGACAUGGUUCAGGAAGUUUGAUCCUCUUUCUUAAGGAUGGAAAACUCGUGCUGAGCCUCUCCAAGCCAGGACAGCCCUUGCAGACCAUCACAGCAGGUGCUGUACUGAAUGAUGGGCUGUGGCACUCAGUUUUCUUGUCUGCUAAGGGGAGCCAUCUAAGCCUUGUGGUAGAUGACAACUCCUCUGCUCAAACUCUGGUGUCUGUGUGGAUUCAUUCAGGUGAUACUUACUAUUUUGGAGGCUGUCCCAACAACAGCUCUAGUUUUGGAUGUGAAAGUUCUUCUGGAGGCUUCCAGGGCUGCCUGGAACUCAUUUCUAUUGGUGACAAAGUAGUGGAUCCUAUUGCAGUACAGCAGGGAGUGCUGGGGGCCUUCAGUGAUCUCCAGAUAGACUCCUGCAGCAUCAUAGACAGGUGUUUGCCUAGCUACUGUGAGCAUGGGGGUGGAUGUACCCAGUCAUGGGACACCUUCUCCUGUGACUGUGAGGGCACAGGCUACAUUGGAGCAACCUGCCAUUCCUCCAUCUACGAACAGUCUUGUGAAGCUCACAGGCACAGAGGAAGCCCUUCUGGGAUUUACUACAUUGAUGCAGAUGGAAGUGGACCACUGGCACCAUUCCAUGUGUACUGCAAUAUGACAGCAGACACAGCAUUGACUGUGGUUCAGCACAGAGGGCCUGAUGCAGUGACAGUCAAAGGUGGCCCAGAAGGACACAUGCGUUCUGCAACCUUCUCCUAUGCUGCCAGUGCUGCACAGCUGCAGACUGUGGUGGAUGUUGCAGAGCACUGUGAGCAACAGGUGGUUCUACAAUGCAGGACCUCAGGGUUCUCAGACAUAGCAGAUGGAACCUCACUGAGCUGGUGGGUUAGAAGAACCAAUGAAACAUACACAUACUGGGGAGGUUCUCUGCCUGAUGCUCAAAAGUGUACUUGUGGAUUAGAUGGGAACUGCAUUGAUUCUCAAUAUCGCUGCAACUGUGAUGCUGACCAGAAUGAAUGGACCAGUGACACAAUAGUCCUUUCCCAUAAGGAGCACCUGCCAGUCACUAAGAUGGUGGUGACAGACACAGGCCGACUACAUUCUGAAGCUGUUUAUACCCUGGGGCCUCUGAUUUGCCAGGGAGACAAGUCAUUUUGGAAUUCAGCUUCCUUCAACACUGAGGCUUCAUACCUUCAUUUCCCAACUUUCCAUGGAGAGCUCACUGCUGAUGUGCGCUUCCUUUUUAAGACUACUGUUUCCUCUGGUGUGUUCAUGGAGAAUCUAGGAAUCACAGACUUCAUCAGAUUAGAGUUGAGUGCUCCCACAGAAGUGACCUUUUCUUUUGAUGUUGGAAAUGGACCUUGUGAACUCACUGUACAGUCACCUACUCCCUUUAAUGACAACCGGUGGCAUCAUGUGAGGGCAGAAAGGAAUAUUAAAGGAGCAUAUCUUCAGGUAGAUCAGCUCCCUCAGAAGACACAACCCACACCUACUGAUGGGCAUGUUCGACUGCAACUCAACAGCCAGCUCUUCAUUGGGGGGACAGCCAGCAGGCAGAGGGGCUUCCUGGGCUGUAUCCGGUCUCUGCAGCUGAAUGGAAUGGUGUUGGACCUAGAAGGAAGGGCCACAAUGACACCAGGAGUGGAGCCAGGAUGCUUGGGCCACUGCAGCAGCUAUGGACACCUGUGUCGCAAUGGUGGGAAAUGUCAAGAGAAACACAAUGGAAUUACUUGUGAUUGUGCCUUCUCUGCCUACGAUGGGCCACUGUGCUCACGUGAGAUUUCUGCGUAUUUUGAAACUGGUUCCUCACUGACCUAUAAUUUUCAAGAACAUUCCACCCUAAGUGAAAACACCAGUUCCCUGGCUUCUUCAUUACAUGGGGAUGUCAUACUGUCCAGAGAAACCAUCACGCUGAGCUUCCGAACCACACGGACACCAUGCUUAUUGCUUUAUGUGAGCUCUUUCUCUGAGGAAUACCUUUCAGUUAUCCUGGCCAACAAUGGAAGUUUGCAAGUGAGGUACAAGCUAGACAGACAUCAGAAUGCAGAUGUUUUUUACUUUGACCUUAGAAACUUAGCAGAUGGACACUUUCACCAGCUGGCGAUCCACAGAGAAGAAGCAGUCGUCUCUGUAGAGGUUAACCAGAGUGCAAAGAGACAAGUCAUUUUGUCCUCAGGGACUGAAUUCAAUGCUGUCAAAUCGCUUAUAUUGGGAAAGAUUUUAGAACCCCUGGACGCUGACCCUGACACAAGACAGGCAGCGGCUCAGGGCUUUACCGGCUGCCUUUCUUCUGUGCGAUUUGGCCAUGAAGUCCCACUGAAGGCUGCGCUGCACCAGGGUCAAGCCAGUGUCACCAUUCACGGCCGAGUGGCUGCUGGGGCGCAGUGUGCAGAGAGUCCUGGCUCAGCAGUGCAGGAACAGACUCCAGGGCCCUCUGUGGGUGCAGGUCCUUCUGGAUCAAUAGAAGACAGACAGCCCCUUCCUAACACAGACAGGAGUGAUGCUGGGGUCAUCGGAGGAAUAACAGCAGUUGUGAUAUUUAUUUUGCUGUGUGUGUCUGCCAUAACCAUACGUGUUCAUCGACAGAGAAAGUUACAACAAAAAAAUGAGUCAUCAGUCUCAAAAACUGAAGAGUGCUAGGACCGCUCUCAGAAGUGAAGUAUGAGUUGAAACAGAAGCAGUGUCCUGCUAGACACUGUGGCUGACCUGCCUUUUGUGAGUCCCAUUCCUCCCAUCCCAGUGUGGGCCCAGCGCCAGCUUCCAGAGGACUAACAGUCUCAGCAUCUCCAGAAGGCCGCCUUUUUCCUCACCAAAACUUUCCCUUCCAGAAAUUUACUAGAAAGGAUAUGGGGUUGUUAAUCAUAGUGGAGUUGUUCCUCCAGGUGGAAUGCUCUUUUCUGAAAAGGGCUUCAUUUUGUAUAACAGUUACAAAUUUUAGCUGAGAAACCAAGUGACCAUUAAGCUAUGAUCCUGCUUAGAAAACUGAGACAGAAGUUCCAUUCAUUCAAAGUAAAACAGUUGCUUGGUUUGUUUUUGUUUUGUUGUUGUUACUUGAAAGCUUAUCUGGGAUCCCUUUUUUGUUCCUCUGAAAACAUGUAUAAAAUAGAUCUAUUUAGCCUACUUCUCCAUGAUCCUGGAAUACAGGGUCAAGUGCCCUGUAAGAGAAAAAAAAUUAACAGCAACUUUCCUGUCUAUUGGCCAAUACAAAGAGAGGCCUGGAAAUAUUUUUGGUGCAUUGCUUUUUUCUAGGUAACCAACCAUUUUGAAUAUUUUGAUGAAUUUCAAAGUUUAAAUUGGUAUGAAAUGUUAUGAAAUUUUAAUAUUGGAUUUUGUAAUUGGAAAGAAAAUUAAUGGGUAACAAUAAACAUAGUGAAUAUCCACUGAGAGAAGCUGCUGUCUUAUUUGUAAUUAUAGGUUUUUAUAAAUUAUGGUUAUGUUUUAAAUUUAUAGCCAUAUAUACUGUUUCUUAUUCAACAACACUAAACUCAAACAUAACUCCCAAAUACUGAAAGAUUCUGUCUUUCUGUAUUUCUAUUUUCUAAAAGUUGUUACUGAUAUGCUUUGAAUUUCUAUAACUAUACUGUAUAAAUAGAGAAUAUCUUUUCAAUUUAUUAGACGAGUUAGCUCCAGCUGAAGAGCCCCGAUUCCUUUUGGAAUUGCUUUGGGCAUAAAUACUGUAUAUUAUUCUCUCUGUCCAGUUGUUUUUGCAGUAUAAAAUGAAGGGUGCUAACUCCAAAGAAAGACAGCACUUGCAUGAUCUGCAUUAAACUUACUACUCUACUCACAAGUUUAUGAUCACAGGACCAAGUUCUCAUAGAUUACUGCAAAUUGAAAAUGUGCUCCUAACUGAAGUAUGUCUCACUAGGGAUUCUACACACACUAAGAGCAGAAGAUGAAAUUAAAUUCAUGGAGACAGUUUCAGGAACUAAUAGUAAGGCAGUGUCAUCUGGUAAUUAAAUAGACUACCAUUUGGUUUAUGCCCAUUAUAGUAAAAACAAUGAUGCUAUAUUCACCAGAUUCCAGAUACCAACUACCUGCUAAGGACUAAUUAGGUUAUACAGCUCAUCCACAUCUGGGAAAGUUGGAAAUAUUCCAUUCAACAUUGCCUCUAUUAACUAACUUUCUGUCUCGUUUGUGUUAUUUUUAAAAGGGUGAAUAUAUCACCUUUAUCUUAAUGCUAGCAUUCUCACCUCUGUUGAUGUUUAUAUGGGGGAUGGUUUUCUAUUUAUACUGUAUUAUUGCAUAUAUGCGUGUGUACAUAUGGUAAUAUGUGAAAGACACAACUUCAUGAAUAAUACAUAUUUCUGUGGGUUUUUUCUCAAAAGCCCUGUUAGAAUAGAGACAUAGUCUACAAAAAUAUAGUUACAUUUUAUUAGCCAAUAUAGGUACCAUGUAGUCACUACAACAUUUACAGACACAUCUAUAUUCCAUUGAAAAUUUGAGAAACUAGAAUUUCACAGGGUUUCAGAAGAUGAAAUUCCAUGUCUACUGUUCCAUAUGUUUGGCAAGACAGAAAAAAUAAAAGUAUCAAAUAGCACAAACAUGUCAUCUAUCAACAGUUUUCCAAGGUGACUUUUUAUUAGAAAAUAAAUUCAUUUUUGAAAGAAAAUAGGGAAAGUAUUUUAGGGGAAGUUGUGUAAAAUAACAACUUUUGAAAUAAAAUAAAAUUAUUUUAAGAAAAGUUGUAUAAGACAAAUUACAAGGUGAUUUUUUUCCCUAAUUUGCACAAAUAUUUUCAGGUAAGUGCAUUCUGUACUUGAUUGUAUGUCAACUGUUAAGAUAUUUUUACCUAUUUAUGAUCUGAUAUUUAUCAACUUGUAAAGUUUUCAUUUUAAGUUAUUAAGCAUACCAUGAAAGAAGGACAAAUAUUACUGACUGCUAGACCAAAACUAUGUGAAUGUACUAUUUAAAGAUUUGUCAGAGAACAAGUAUUCUAAAAUAAGCUAACUAAAGUCUUAUCUUCAGUACUUUUGCUGUUGUAAUUAAAACAAUACUAAACAUUCUUUGGCUAUAUAGAUGUUAGUUGCAAAUCACAGCCUUCUGUUGUAUAAAACUAAAAGCAGUUUCCCAAAAAUUUUGUUCUUGAAGAAGAAAAUAAACACUUCAUAUUGUAAUAUCAUUGAUAUGCCUUCCCAGUGAGGAAUCACUCCACCCACUUAAAAAUUAAUAAAGGAAAGAAAUGUUUAAUAUAA